UUCUGUUGAUAAUAGCCAUACAAGCUACAAUUUAAAUAGUUAAAACAUACCAUUAAAGACCUUUAUGCUAAAACUGAGUUGUUGUUGACAGCAUGGAGGUGGAUUCGGGAUUGAUAAAAAGAGAUAAAUACUCAAUUUUACUACCAACUUACAAUGAACGAGAAAACCUCCCUAUAAUAAUAUGGCUAAUAAUUAAAUAUUUAGACGAAAGCGGUGUCGAUUAUGAAGUGAUCAUAAUAGAUGAUGGAAGUCCUGAUGGGACUUCAGAAGUGGCGCGUCAGCUGCAGAAGCUGUAUGGCUCCUCUAAAAUAGUGCUUCGACCUCGCGAGAUGAAGCUUGGACUCGGAACUGCCUACAUUCAUGGGAUACAGCAAGCUUCUGGAAAUUUUAUUAUUAUAAUGGAUGCGGAUUUGAGCCAUCAUCCAAAGUUCAUUCCAGAGUUCAUUAAACUCCAAUUAAAAUAUGAUUACGAUAUUGUCUCUGGUACUCGUUACAAGGGGAGUGGUGGAGUCUACGGCUGGGACUUCAAGCGUAAGCUCAUAUCUAGGGGAGCUAACUUUUUGACUCAAUUAAUGCUGAGACCUGGUGUUUCAGAUCUGACUGGCUCAUUUAGAUUGUACAAAAAGGAAGUUCUCGAGAAGCUUAUUCUAAGCUGCGUUUCUAAAGGAUAUGUCUUUCAAAUGGAAAUGAUUAUCAGAGCGAGGCAAUUUGAUUAUUCAAUUGGAGAGGUGCCUAUCUCAUUUGUGGAUCGUGUCUACGGAGAGUCUAAACUCGGUGGUUCGGAAAUAGUACAAUUCGCAAAAGCCCUACUUUAUCUAUUUGCCACAACAUAAAAAAAAGUUUACUCUAUGGUAUGAUAAAAAAAAA